GCUUGUUCCAUCCAGUUCGAUGGAUCACAUUCCUCCUCAUGUGAAUUCGAGGUCCUUCACCGAGCGGUCUUCUCUUUCGGUUCCUCCGUUGAGCGCUCGUGGAACCUCUCCAUCCUAGAAAAAGGAUCCAACGGGUCCCAAUCGGUUCAGUCAUCAUAGCCAGAUGAGAGAGAGACGAGGAUGAAUGGAACCACAGUGAACCUGCUCUAUGAAGAAAUCUCCAACACUACCGAGAUUGAUCUGAAUUAUAGUGUGGGGGAUGGAAACGACGUUCCGAAAUGGGUUUAUCAAGUCGCGUCUGUGUAUCUUUUACUGAUUUGUGUUUUCGGUACUCUUUUGAAUGGCUCCGUCAUCUAUUUCUUCAUUAAAACUAAAUCGUUAUGGUCAUCUUUCAAUUUGAUCGUCUUGAAUUUGAUUGGCACGGAGUUGUUGGCCUCGGCGGGGGGCGUGCCCAUCGAUUUGGUCUCGGCCCUCUCCUAUGGACAAGGAAUGAGUGAAUCCGCUUGCUACAUGACAGGAUUUGGACACACAUUGUCAGGCAUGUCUAGCAUCUUCACACUGACUACUUUGGCCAUUUCCCGGUCAUUUAUUGUCUCGUGUCAACCACUCUCGGCAGGUUCAAAUUGCCUCUCUCAAAAGAGUCGAGGAAGCAACUCCUACUUUGCCAUUUUGACCAGCAUCAUCAUCAUUUGGUCUUUUUCCAUCAUUGUGUCGAUUCCGCCCAUUCUGGGUUGGGGAUCCUACGUCCUGGAUCAGUCUCGUAUUAGUUGUGGUCCUAAUUGGAGCGCCCCAGAUCAGGAUUUCCAAUAUUGUCUGUUCAUGUUCAUCUUGGGAUUCUUUGUGCCAGUCGGGAUUAUCAUGUCGUCCAAUUUUUCCGUCGUUUUGACCAUGAGAAGACAUACUGCAUCAAAAACCAAUCCCUACCUUCGGUCCAUUGCUGAGCGAAGGGAACGUGGAGCAACGCGGAUCUUAAUGCUCAUGACUUUAGCCUUCUUCAUCUGUUGGAUGCCUUACGCGUGUCUAUCACUCUUUUCAAUGGCUGGCGGGAACGUUCAAUCGGCUUGGCACGUUCUUCCAAUAUUGUUCGCCAAGAGUUCGGUUUGUUGGAACCCGUUUCUCUACAUCUUUUGCAACGAUGAGUUCAAGCGGAUCAUUCGCACUCAUUUCUCGGAUCCAGUUCCGGCGUCCAUGCUUCUGUUAGAAAGAGGAACGUUUGGUCGGAGAGCCCGACAUCCAGGGUUGAUGGUUCGAUCCGAGGCUCGUCAAUUGACCCUGUCACCUAAGUCUUCCAAAGAAUUUAAAUCAUGCAUGGCUCAUUUCUCUUUGGACAAUGAGAGAUCAUCGAUAGUGAUUGUUCAAAAUCAUGGAGAGAUCUUAGCGAUCGGUCGGGUUUAAUUACAUAACGUUGAUAUUUCGAUAUUUUCCUCUUCCCUCCUUUGAAUCUUGUCAGAUAAAUGUGUUUUAUAUUAAGGAUCAACGCGAUCAAAAGGAUUCUUCUUUGAAAUAUAUUUUUCUCUGCAUCUUAAAAAAAGAAAACCUUGG